ACAUCAAACUGAGGCAACUCAAGUUGUUUCAAAAUGGCGGCAUAGCGACGAGAAGUUUGAUGUCUUUGCCCGCCACAAAUGAUCACAGAAACCUCUCAGAGAUAAGACUUCCACUUGACUAGUAAAAUAAGUUGAUUAAGGGCAAAGCAGGAAAUUUGUUUUUUAAAUAUGAUGCUAUCAAGAACCAAGCCGGCCAUGGGGCCUGGCUCUGGACCUACGGUAUCGUCGGCAAAAGAUGGAAAAAAGAAGCGAAAAUUGCCCAAAUAUGAUGAUUUUCUUCAAGGUCGGGAUUUCACAGGCGCUCUGACACUUUUGGAGUUCAACCGUAAUUCAGGAAAGUCAACCGAAGAAACAAGCUUAUGGAUUGCUUACUGUGCGUUCCACCUUGGAGAUUAUAAAAAGAGUAUGGAGGAAUAUCUCAGUCUAACAAAGAGUGAAGCGUGUCACCCUGAUGUGUGGAUAAACCUGGGCUGUUGCUAUUUCUUUCUUGGCAUGUACCAAGAAGCGACAGAUGCUGCGGAUAAAGCACCAAAAAGUCGACUACAAAACAGACUGCAGUUCCAUCUCUCCCACAAGUUUAAUGAUGAGAAGAAGCUGAUGACCCAUCACCAGGCUCUACAGGAUAUAAUAGAGGACCAGCUUAGUCUUGCAUCCAUCCACUACUUGCGUAGUCACUACCAGGAGGCAAUCGACAUCUACAAGAGAAUACUCCUAGACAACAGGGACUAUCUGGCGCUGAAUGUGUAUGUAGCACUGUGCUACUACAAGCUGGACUACUAUGAUGUCUCUCAAGAAGUUCUUGCUGUCUAUCUCCAACACUACCCUGACAGUGCAACAGCAGUGAACCUGAAGGCCUGUAAUCACUUCAGACUUUACAAUGGCAAAGCAGCAGAGACUGAGUUAAAGGCACUGCAGGAGAAUGCUAGCCCGUCAUUCAGCUUUGCUUCUGAUCUCAUCAAGCACAAUCUAGUGGUGUUCCGGGGAGGGGAGGGUGCCUUACAGGUCUUGCCCCCCCUGGUGGACGUUAUUCCUGAAGCUCGGUUAAACUUGGUUAUAUAUUAUUUAAGACAAGAUGAUGUGGUUGAGGCAUACAACUUAAUCAAAGAUCUUGAACCAACAACUCCUCAGGAGUAUAUUCUAAAAGGCGUUGUAAAUGCAUCACUUGGACAAGAGCAAGGAUCGAGGGAGCAUUUAAAGAUAGCACAGCAGUAUUUCCAGCUGGUAGGGGGAUCUGCGAGCGAGUGUGACACUAUCCCUGGACGCCAAUGCAUGGCAGCCUGUUUCUUCCUUCUGAAGCAGUUCGAGGAUGUGCUCAUUUACCUCAAUUCAAUCAAGAGUUACUUCUACAAUGAUGACACGUUCAACUUCAACUACGCCCAAGCCAAGGCUGCCGUGGGCAACUACAAGGAGGCCGAGGAGAUAUUCCUGCUGAUCCAGUCUGAGAAGAUUAAAAGUGACUAUACGUAUCUGAGCUGGUUGGCCAGAUGUUAUAUCAUGAACCACAAGGCCCGUAUGGCGUGGGAACUGUACCUGAAGAUGGAGACAUCGGGAGAGUCAUUUAGUCUUUUACAGCUAGUGGCGAACGACUGCUAUAAGAUGGGUCAGUUCUACUACGCAGCGAAAGCGUUUGACGUUCUGGAGAGACUAGACCCCAACCCUGAAUACUGGGAGGGCAAGAGAGGUGCAUGUGUGGGGAUCUUCCAGCAGAUCAUCGCUAACCACGAGCCAAGGGAAACUCUUCGUGAUGUGCUUCAGAUUCUUCGCAACACGGCGAAUCCACAAGUGGAAUAUAUCAUUCGCACUAUGAAAAAAUGGGCCAAAGAGAAUCGCAUACCUGUCUCCUAGCGUGUCUACUAGCAUGCCUUAGUUCAAUCGCUUGCAGCUUAACUCUCACUUUGUAUGUUAUACAUACCACACUACCACAUUAAGCCCUGCAUUUUUCCACAUGAUAACCUAAUCUUAUUUUUAACCAGGAGCUUUUGGGUAUCAGGGUAAACAGUUUAGUAUACUAUAGUCACCUCGACAUCUGUCACACAAGCGCUUUGCAGGACAGAGUUCAGUUGGGCUGCACAUAAAAAAAGAUCAAACUCUCUAUAAUUCUAAGAAAGUGUUUCAAUAUUCGUGAGAAGUAUUAAAGAGUGGUUUUCAAAAACCUGUGAAAUACUAUAUUAAGUUUUUUAUGUACUAAUACACUGUAAUGUCGAUGUACUUUUUUUUGUUCUGGCUUGCCUUUUUUACUUAAACAAUUUCAUUUUGUUGCACAGGAUUUUGAAAACCACUCUUUACCCUAAAUGUAAAUAAUUCCUCAUGUUUCUUGGUAGUGUGGCUCAUUGUAGCCGUCUCCUCUUGAGACCUGUUCACUGUGGUCUUGUGUAAAUAACAGAAUGCGCUGAACAAAGAGAUUUCAAUAAAGGUUUUAGUGUAAA